AUGCAGUCCAUCACUGAUCCUGUCACAAAAGCUGUAGUUGAUAAUAUUAUGGGAAAUUUGCCGACCAAAAAACCAUUAGUUAGGUGUCAUGAUUGUGAUUUGUGUUUCACCAGCGAAACUGUCCUAGAUGCUCAUUUACAAGGAGCACGACAUGCAAAACAGAUACGUUCAAAAGUAAUUAUGGAAAAUUUAGGAGGAACGAAAAUAGCAUUCUCCAAAGACCAAGAAGCCAGCGGAUUAAAGUGUAAUGUAUGUAAUGUUAGUCUCAAUUCAAUCCAACAGCUUCAAACUCACUUGAAUGGUGGAUGGACCGGAACCGACACCGGCAGCAAGCCCGUGCAACAGCCAACAAAAUCUCCAGGAACUCAAGCCGAUUCUACAACAACAACAGCGGCUGCUCCUAAAAAGAAAGGGGAAAUACUGACUUGUGAACAGUGCAAUAAAUUCUUUAACUCUAAACAACAAUAUGAUGUGCAUAUUACGUCAAAGAAACACUUGCACAAAGUGUACAAGCCAAUUUUGAAAACAGCUAAUAAGAAAAAACGCUACGUGCCGUACGGAAAUAAGCAGCAAUAUCAACAACCACAUCACCAUCACCAACAGAAUCACCAACAGCAACAUCAUCAUCACCAACAACAACAACAACAUCACCAAUAUCACCCGCAAAGAAAUAUGCAGUCUUACGAUGCUUCAUCUUUGGUCAAGCCCUUUCGAAUAGCGCCACCCGCGAUGAAAUCGGUCAAGCCGUUCAAAAGUUAUAAGUGGUUUACCUACGGCCACACACACACUUACAAGCAGACAUACGGACAUCAUCACGGAAACAAUCGGGGAAGCUUCCUAGGACUUCAAAACGUUGAGAUCUGA